CUUUCCAACUCCACCAAAGCCAUCCGUGGAAUUUCAGCCAAAAAUAGAUCCUGGCGUUGACCCAUCUUGAAGAAUGUUAGGUUUCAAGGUGUGACUAGCUGCCAAACACAAUUACAGUGGAAAGGGGCUUAUAAUGACUUUGACAAUGUCCCCAUGUUAUGUCCCUCGCGGCCUCAUGUGGUGUCAGCCGAGUAGGCAUUCACAGAAAAGUUUGUGCAUCUGAGACCCCAAAGCAAGAAAAUGUUUAAAAGAAACAGAUUUUUCCUUGAAAUUGGAUAAUUGCAUAUAGUGGUAUAUUCAUUUAUAGAAUUAUUUUUGGAAUAGCUGAAUCGUGUAUAAUGUGUUAAUAUAUUUUUGAUAUUGGAAGUAUAUAAAAAAAUAUACUCACACGCCAUGGAAGGUGAUGAUGGAAAGCCCAAAUCAAGUAAUUUUUCACCAAAAGUAACACGUCCUAAACUACCCCAUUUUGCUGGGUCAGAAAGUAGAUCCAUUAGCCCUCGAUCAAAAACGGAUCCUGGUCGUGUAGAAAUAAAGGCUAUUAUGGAAGAUAUUAUGAAUCUCAAGAAGACUGAUUGGAAGACAUUUAGUCGAUCAAGAACAUCUCCACUUCCUAAAGGGAAAUCAAUGUCAACUAAUACUUCUCCAAGUGCUUCUCCUCGCAUUGGUUCGCCAGUAGCGGAUGAGUCCAGAAUUGGUUUAUCAAGAGAUCGAAGCAGGAGCUUAAAAAUACUGACAGACAGAUUAAAAAACAAAAAUUCUAAACAGGUAAUUUCUGACGAAUCUAAAAUCGAUGAAAAUAAGGAUACAGUUUCAAGAACAAUUGAACUGCAACCUUCUGGAAACAUUAAUGAUCAGUGGUCACCCUGUAAAAUGGCAGGCCCACUAAGUAAUGCACCAGAGGUGAGCCCUAGAAGAAGCCCAGACAGACGUUCUCAGGAGAGAACUUAUGAGCAGAUUCCAGAAUCGCCUGAAGAUAUUGAUGAACCCGAAGGGACAAAAUCUCCACUGGCAGCUUCUUCUGAUGAAAGUUUUCGAUCUGCCUCUGAAUGUGUGCAUGCCAAAAGCCCAGAAAGUGAUUAUGGUGGAGCUCGGGAAAAAACUCCGGAUAGUGAUGGUGGUGGAAGCACAAGGUCUCAGGAAGAUUGUACAAAUGUCAAAGAUGCCCAUGACAAGGCUGCUGAAGAUGAAGGUGUAAGUGACAGUGGUGAGCAUACUGCUCCUAUUGUAAGUACCUAUCAGUAUCAUGGCUUACCUAGAAAGUCUAGGUUUUUACAGCUGGCUGGCACUAAACCACCUAAAUUAAACCAGCGAGGUUAUACCAGACCUCCUGAACGAAGGUCUGGAAUAAUUUUAAUAUCUGCUGGUUCAAAAGUUGGGGAUGCUGUUAAAGUGGGACCUGAAGAUGCCCGACAAACUCCCGCAAGCAUUUCUGAUGAUCAGCCUCGUCAGAGAACCCAACGCCGAAGUGAUUCUGGGAAAUCAAGUGCCCAGAAGUCUUCCCCACGCUUUAUCACACAUCCCCCACAUCAAAAAAAAUCUCAUAAAGAAUCUGGUCCUGUGGACACUAAUGGCUUUGCUGCUCUGAAAACUUCUGGUGAUAAUGAAGAAGAUCAUCAAUCACAAAGCCAAAGUUCUCUAGCAGACAGCCAGUUUGCAAGUGAAGCUUCAGAUGACAACUUCCAGGAUGUCCUGGAAAGUUCUGACGUUACUGAUAGAAAAAAUGGUAAAUGUGCAAAACAAAAAUCAAAAAGUGACCCUAGUGGUGACCGAGCUUGUGAUAUUUUAGAUUUCCCAUCUGGCAUGGAAGUUCCACAGUUCCAUAGUGCCCCAUUGUUGUCUAAAGAGGAUAUGGAAGCUUUGGGGCUUGAUAAGUCAUUAAUGAUUGAAGAAGACAGUAAGAUGAAAUCUCGUUCAGAAAAUGUGUUGUCUUCAGUGAGCCAUGAAGGUGUAGACGAGCACAGUUCAGGAGGUGAAGAUGAUGAAGGUGCUAGCAGUGGUGACUUCAAAGCUUCAGAUGCAACAACAGACAGUGAGAAUGCCCUCAAUACCACCUCUAAAUUCCCUUCGACUUUAGCUGUGUCAGCACCAGUUACACCACAUGGACCUUCCCCAUCUCCCAGUUGUUAUGCCAUUGACCGACCCUCAAAUCUUCUCAGUGUUCCUUCAGCUACUGGUGGUGGGAGGAAAACAAACAUUUUCCGCAGUGCAAGCUCAGCGAGUGUUCUACAGAGCCGAAAGCCUGGGGGCUCCCCAAUCAGAGACAAAGAUGUUGUGCGAAAGUAUAGCAUAACUACUGACGAAGCCAUGAUUAACUCCAAAUCUUCGACAAGCUUGGUACCAGACUUUUUUCCUAUUGGAGAUACUGGCAAUGCUGCAUCCAUGCCUGCUGUUUGGAAUAAGGAUAGACUUUCGAGCACUGAUUCCCCAGAGAGAGAACCAGGUUUUAUCAAGGACAAGCGUUAUCAUAUUGUUGAAGAACUUUAUAAGAAUGAAAAGGAGUAUGUGGAGGCUUUGAGAACAUUGAAAGAUAAAUAUAUGGUCCCGUUGAAAACUCAAAGCAGUGUAGAUGAUAACAUUGUGGACAAUAUUUUUUAUAUGAUCCCAGAAAUCUUAACCCAUCACUCCAUUUACCUUGAUUUUCUUGACAAUGUGUGGAAACAUUGGAACACAACUCACAGCACUGUUGGGAACAUCAUUACAACCAUUUUUGCAAAACAAACAGUAUUAGAAAGUUAUAUGUCAUUUGUUGAAAAUUACAAUGCUUCUGGUAAAGUCAUUGAGAACGCACUCACCACUAAAUCAUCUGUACAGAAAUUCAUUGAGCAAUGCCAGAAGGACAGUGGCAGCAAACUGACCAUGAAAGAUUUGAUAGUUCGUCCCAUUCAGAGAAUACCCAGAUAUGAAUUGCUUAUACAGCGUUUAUUGGACAACACACCAAGAGACCAUCCUGACCACCCUCUUCUUCAACAAGCAUGUCGUGUGAUGCAUGACCUAGCUGUAAAGAUUGGAACAGUGAAUGAUUCGCAACAAGAAGAAGAUAUGCAGGAAACUCUUAAGAAGUUGGAGCUUUUGUUAAUUACAGAUCUGGCUGUCCCAGACAGAGCCUACAUCCGACAUGACAUGGUUCAAUUAUUUAACAGAAAAGAUCAGUGCUGUAUAUGGCUUUUUUCUGAUGUAGUUCUUGUUAGCAGUAUUAAAAGAAAAAGUGGUCCUGUCACUAGAAAAGUUUCUAUUAUUCUGAAAACUCCAUUAGGCCAAGACUUUGCUGAAAAUAUAAAACAUAAAGUCUGGCUGCGUGUUGGCUUGGAUGAUUUAGAGAUUGUCAAAACUCAGGGCACUCUGACUCGCAAACCAACCCUAGACAAAGAGCAGUUAGAGGAAGAUAUUCACAUUGUGACUCAGCUGGGGGAUCUUGCGGGCAAGUUGUCCUGCCAGCAUCAGAGUCUUGAUGAUGCAAUCAAAGAAUUGAACACAAAUCUUUGUAGGCAGCACUCAGAGGUGACUGCCAGAAAUGCCUCCUCAGACUCCAACAAGAUGGAGCUGGUAGUCACCACUCAAGAGGGAGUGUUGCAUCUUGUUAUUGGGUUCUCGUCUGCUGAGAAAAGAGCAGCAUGGGAAACUGCUUUUACAGAUGCCAAGCAAAAGUUGUCUCUGCUGUCUGAUAAGCGUGCACCAGAGUUUCUUCAGCCUCUUCAAAUCACUAAAACCAGAGCUGGAAUGCAGUUUUCCUGUGCAGCUCCUAUUGAUGGUGUUAACUCAAGUGGUUUCCGUGAUGUUUGGGUGUGCAAUAGCGAUGGCUAUGUUGGGCACAUGUGUUUAUUGUCUCUACAACCAGAGCCCAUUGUGACACUCAACACACCAGUGCCAGGAUGCAAUGCCAGAAUUUUGUGUAUAUGUGCAGUGCCUGCUUUCAGUGGAGCCUUCAGGAGGCGAGCAUCUCAAAAAGGAGCCCGUAGUCAGCGGGAUUCCAUUGUAGUCACAACCAUUCCUGAGGGGCCUCGGAUUAAUGUUGAGAAGAGUGAAGAGGACAAUGUGAUACUAGAAACUCCCCAACCCACAUCAGAGCCAGCCAUCAUCAUACCCACCACAACCAUUACCACUACCCUGGUGGAGGAUGUGGAAACCAAUGAUAAUUUCAACGAAGAAGGCUACCAGUCUGAUUCAGACACUAGCGAUGAUGAACCCAUGUCUUUCUUACCCAGGACGACAGAGGAGCUCUAUGUGGGAGGUGGGUGGUCAAAACUCUUGUCGGAUGACGAAGCUCCCAAGCCUAAAGUGUCGGAGCUGACUGAGAGUAGUCCUGAUCCUAUUACAACAUCUGGUAAUUGGGACCAGGACCCCGCCAAGUCAACCAUGUGGCUUGGAACAGAAGAUGGAUGUAUACAUAUUUUCCAAUCAUGUGAUAAUAUUAAGACUACUAAGAACAAACUAAAGAUUCAACAUGGAUCUCCAGUUUAUUGCAUAAUUUAUUUGGACAAUAAAGUGUUUGUUUCCCUUGUCAAUGGUAAAGAGAUCCAGGUGAAAGGUCUGUGGGACACUGAAUGUCCAUACACAAGGACUAUUGGAUCUGCAUCAUCUCCUAUUACAAAAAUGUUGGCUGUUGCUGGAAAACUUUGGUGUGGCUGCCAGAAUCAAAUUCAUGUCAUUAAUCCAUUAGCUUUAAACAUUGAGACAUCUUUUCAAGUAACUCCAGAUGUGACUAAAGCUGUUCAGUGCCUCGUGUGCUCUGGCCAAGGUGUUUGGGUGGCCUCUCAACAGAGUUCCAAAGUUAUGCUAUUCCAUGCUGUCACCUAUGAAUUUCUUCUGGAGGUCUCCAUUGCCCAAGCAGUGUCACAUAAGUUGCAGUCGGCUGAUGACAUUAUCCGCCAACAUAAGGCAGCAUGCCUAAGAAUAACAGCACUGAUGGUAUGCAAGGAUUUGCUGUGGGUUGGAACUAGUGCAGGUGUUAUCCUUACCAUUCCCAUACCUCGUAUCACCUCAACCACAACACGUGGGAGUCUGGCUGUUCCUACUGUGACAGGUCUAAUAUACGGACAUACUGGGCAUGUGAGAUUUUUGACUAGUGUGGAGAUCAGUAGUACUGCAAGCACCAAAGCUGAACUCAGUAAAGAAGGUACUAGUGGGGAAAGUGCAACAGCAGAAAGAGGUGGUGGCUUCUCGUUCCAAGACAUUCACAGAAGGUCCUCGAUGGCCGCAACCACAGCGACAAUGGCAUCCCGAAUGCUGGUGAUAAGUGGAGGUGAUGGCUAUGAGGAUUUCCGUAACAGCGCAGCCAAUGAAGGUGCAGGUAGAGAUGACAGCACAAACCAUCUUUUAUUAUGGCAAGUUUGAUCUAAUCAAACAUUAUGCUAUAUUAUAAUGAUUAUGCAAGGUUGAUAUAUAUUUAUAUAUAGUAAAUAAACAAGCAAAGUGCUGAACAAAUUUUAUAUACAUUGCUUAAGACUGUCCAAAAAUUAUUUUUUAGAGGGGGGCGGGGGGGGGGGGGCGGGUUUGGGUGAAGAGGGUUGUGGUUAAUCCUAAAAUCUGUGACAAGAAAUUUUGUUGCUUAAAUAUUUUUGUUUGUAAAGUAUUUAUUAAAAAGUAUUGGUAAAGUCUCAGGCCAUGUGUAGGUCAGCGAUGAUAAUGUGAUAGUUCUUAUCAGUGUUUUUUUUUUAAUGUAUCCAUAAAUGUAGACAGAUUAAUGUGGCUGUGAGCAUUGGACCAUUCAGUGCAAUUACCUGUUAAAAACCCAGUAAUACUAUUUUAUUUUAUAUACUUAUAUAUGGAUUUGCGAAAUUAUACUUCAUUUUAAUGUUUUAUAAUAAUUGUAUAAUUUUCAAAGUGAUUCCUAGCUCCUCAAGUUGUAGAAUAAAAAAAGGCUGAGAUUUAUUUGGGUGCACACACCUUGCCUUAUGAAAGUGAAAACUUUUUCAUGAUCAUAAAACAGUAUUAAAUGUUUUCUCACUAUUGUAGUAAAGACCAUGGUGAGCUUAGCUAUGAAGGAAAGAACUAAUCGUAAAAUAAUUUGUCUUUUAACUAAAGAAUUGUUUUUUCUUUAACCCUACUUCCAAUAUUUAGUCGUUUUUUGUUUUUUUUUAAUAUAUAAUUCUUCAAUAAUUUUUGUCAGGACUUGAUUUUGGAAAUCUUUACAAUACUUGUUAAUGAUGUUUUAUCUACUAAUUGUUUAUGCUUUAUCAUUUUGAUAGAUCUUUGAUUGAAGAUGUAUUAGUCUUAUGACUAACGUAAAACCUUUGCAAGAAAAACAAAAUAUUAUUAUUUGUAAAGAAUGUCUUGAGGUCAUCAGACUGUCUAAGCUUGUUCAUGUUCACUAGGAAACUUUCACAAUGUUUGGGUUGUUGUUUUUUUUUAUAUGAUUCUGAAAAUUGACCUGAGGUCCCUAAGCCCAUGGUCAUCAAAAUAAAAUUAUUGCUAUUUUAGUAUAUUGAAAUAUAGAAAAACAGAUACCAGGCAGAAAGGAAAUAUCAAAUUUUAGCUAAUUCUACGCAAGACAAAUUUUGUGGCACUUGUAUUUUAUAAACUGAUAUUAAAUCCACAGGGGUAUAUAUUAGUGUGGGGAAUGGUGUGUGUUGCUCAGUAUUGUAUAUGAUAAUGUAGAUUGUGAGCCUAGAAAAAAUUCCAGUUUUGUAUACAUUUCAAAGCAUAUUAUAUAGAUAAAAAGUGAAUAUAAAAUUACAAUAUACUCUUUUUUUUUUUUUUAAAUUGAAAAUGAAACAGUGUUGAUUGAUUGAUGGUUAUUUAACACUGAAACACAUUGGUCACUGAUUUUCUGAAGACUUUUUGCUUUUUUUCUUAGCAAAUCCAUAAAAUUUGGUUGUUUCUUUUGAGUUCGCCUUGGUACAUUUGUUCAUACCUUACAUUUUCUUAUUGCUGUCAUGCUAGUCAUACAGAAUGCAAAGAAUUUGAGAAGUUGUUAGUCCAAGAGAAGAGAUGUGGUCAUAAGUUUGAUUGCAUCAUUGCAAUGGCUUUGAUUUUGCAUAUUAAAUGUUCAUAUUUUUUUUAUUCUAAUUUUUAAAGCUUUGUUCAGUUUUAUUUUGUAUAUUGGGAGAGUAAAUAUUGUCUAACAAACCACUAGUGCAAUCUUUUAUUUCAUUGACACAUUUUAUUUGAAGUAUUAUUUAUACAACUCUUUGAACUAUGAAUGUCUCAACUCUGAAGUGAGGUUUUGGUUGAAAUCUGUAAUCACUGGUACAUGUAUUAUGGACAGCAAUAAACAGUUGUAUCAACCAAAAGACUAGAAUGUACAAGUUGUUAAGUUUGUAUAUAUUAUACAUUGGACUCCUUAUGCAGUUAGGUGAUGAAGACAUCUGUUUCUUAAUGAGCUAUGGAUGAAACAGACCAGUUUUAUUCUUGGCUGUUUCAUGUCUGUGUAACCCAAAGCAUUCUUUUGAUAUGCCAAUAAAGUGAAUGUUCUAAAUCAA